AUGUCGGAAAUCGAGAAGAGCACUACCUUCCACGAUCCAAAGCAGAAUGGGGUUGACUCCGAGUUGGAACAUGCCAACACGCACGGCACUUACCUUCAGGGAGAUGAGAUAGCCGGGCUGUCAGAGGAGCAUCGCCAAUAUCUUCUUCAAAGACACGGCACUCUUGAACUCGAUCCCGUUCCCUCUAUGGCCGAUGCAGACCCUUACAAUUGGCCACGACCUCGUAAAGUCAUCAACCUCCUGCUGGUAGCUUUCCAUGCGCUUAUGUCGACCUUUAUGGCUGCUGGCAUCAUUCCAGCCUACGAGAACAUAUCUGAGGACCUUGGAGUCUCCCUACAGCAGACUUCUUACCUUACUUCUUUACAGAUAGCUAUUAUCGGAGGAGCACCGCUAUUUUGGAGACCUCUUUCGACCCGCUUUGGACGUCGCCCCAUCUUCAUCGUCUCGCUGAUUGGCAGCAUAUGCUUCAACAUCGGAUGCGCGAAGACCGACACGUAUGCGGCUAUGGCAACAUGCCGCGCGUUCGUCGCCUUCUUUAUCUCUCCAGCUGCUGCCAUUGGCUCCGCCGUUGUCGUAGAAACGUUCUUCAGGCACGAACGAGCCAAAUUCAUGGGCAUAUGGACCAUCAUGUUGACGCUCGGCGUCCCCCUAGCGCCCUUCAUCUUCGGCUUCGUCACAUACAAUGUCGGCUACCGCUGGAUCUACUGGAUCUUCACCAUCAUCAACGGCGUCCAACUCGUCUUGUAUGUGUUCUUCGGUCCGGAGACGCGCUUCCUCCGACACCACAAGACGGUGCAAGAGCUUCCUAGCUUUAAAGACUCGUACUUCAAGUUCCGCCGCAUCGAUCCUACGCCUAUCACCGCAUACGAGUUCAUCUCGCCCUUGCGCAUGGCCAUGUAUCCCUGCGUCAUGAUCCCCGCUGCGGCCUACGCCAUGGUUUUCCUCUUCGCCUCGGUGCUCGCCACCGUUGAAAUCCCGCAGCUUUUCGGCGAGAAGUUCCACCUCAACGCCCAGCAAAUCGGCUUGCAAUUCCUCGGCUUGAUCAUUGGGUCGCUCAUCGGUGAACAGAUUGGCGGCCGCACCAGCGACGUCUGGAUGCGGAGGGGAGGUAGGAAGCGUCCAGAUGGCAGGCCGGCACCAGAGUUCCGCCUCUGGCUCACCUACCUUGGGUACGCGCUGGUAAUCUGCGGGAUUGUUGUUUUCCUCGUGCGCAUCGAGCAGGCCGCCCCUCUGAAGUGGAAUGUCACACCCAUUGUGGGCGUCGCGAUCGCCGCAGCAGGGAAUCAGAUCGUCACCACCGUUUUGAUCACGUAUGCUGUUGACUGCUACCACGAGGAGGCUGGAAGUAUCGGCGUAUUCAUUAGCUUUGUGAGGCAAAUAUGGGGAUUCAUUGGGCCGUUCUGGUUCCCGCAGAUGUUUGAAAAUGUUGGAAUCGCGAACAGCGCGGGUGUGGCGGUUGCUAUGCUCGUCGUCGUUAGCGUGGUUCCUACGAUCAUCCUGCAGUGGAGGGGAAAGUUCUUUAGGCAGCGAGAGAUGAAGGCGAGGAUCUAG